AUGAGUUACAGAGGCCACAAUAGAAAUCGCGGAGGCUCAUCAUACCAAGGCCAUAAUAAUAAUAGAAACAAUAAUGAUUUCGCAGGCAACAGCAACUUCAAUUCCAAGAUGAGCGAUUUCAAUAAUCAAAAUAAGAUCUGGAUUGAAAUCCAAGGGUGGACCAAUGCCAGUAAGGAAAACUUAGUGUCGUUCAUCUCCAGAAAGACAAACAUUGGAUUGAAGGAUGUUGAAGUCAAUGGCCCAAUCCUUAGAGGGUCAGUGUAUACUCAAAAAGACGCUCAGUAUUUGGAAAGUUUCAACGGAAUCAAAUUUGCCGGGGAUUUCUUGAAGAUUUCUGCGUUGAAAACUACCGGGGCGGUGGGGACUAUAGACUUGUUGCGUGGGUUUUUAAGAAGAAGGUUCAUGCCUGAACAACGUUUAUUGGAUUUGACUCACAUGGGUGGCGACCAAGAAUUGGUGCAAAAUGGAUUAUUCUCCUCAAUCUCCACUUCUUCCAAGAUGUUUACCGCGUUGAUGAAACUUGCCACUGAAGAACCGUUUGCUUCUGGAGUCGACAGUUUGAAUUUAUCACAAAACUCGAUUGUUGAUGGCCAAAGUAUAAGUAUUCUAUGUCAAACAUAUCCAUUCUUGAAAAAUUUGUCAUUGGCACAAAAUAAUAUUGCCCUGCUAAAAUCCAUGGAAACUUUUAGAAAUAAAUUGAACAGCCUAUCACAAUUAAUUGUCGGCGGGAAUCCAAUUGCCAACGACCCGGCUUACCGAUCAGAAAUGCUCAGAUUAUUCCCAAGAUUAUUAGUCUUAGAUUCCCAACCGGUUAGAGAUGAAAGUAAGUUGAAAGAAAUCUGGAAAUUCCCAUUGGCAAGAGCCCAGUUUUUCUUUGAAAAUCCCCAAAUCCAAAGUUUAUCUACCGAUUUCAUCUCGAAUUUUUUGAAUUGUUGGGAUUCUGAUAGAUCUCUUUUGGCCCCGCUAUACACUCCAGACUCACAAUUUUCUGUUUCCGUUGAUCUGGCGGCGCCAUUUUUAGCAUCAGGAAAUGACAGUUAUCAAGAUAAAAACAACGCCCCAUGGGAUUAUUAUUUGCCAAUUUCCAGAAAUAUGACCAGAAUCACCAGUCCUCAAGUGAUUGAAUCUAAAGUUGCCAAGGGCAACGAAAAAAUUUUAGGAUUAUUCCAAAACUUGCCUAAGACCAAGCAUUCAUUAGCCACCAAUCCCGAAAAAUUCUCCUCCGAAUCUUGGAAAAUAAAUGAUAAUUCAAUAAUGAUUGUUUUGCACGGGGAAUUUGAGGAAGUGGCAGCCCCAGAUCAAGUGGCGAAAUCUUUACCAAAAGGUCCACGUAAGGGCUACAAUAAUCAUAAAAACAAUACCAACAGUAAGGCGGCAUUGUCAAUCAGAACAUUCGAUAGAAGUUGGUUUAUUGUUUCAUCUGGAGGAUCAUUUGUUAUUGCCUCCGAUUUGUUGUGUGUUAAGCCGUACGCUGGUACUGAACCUUGGACACCAUCAUCAUUGGUUGAUGGGGCAGCCCCAGCUACUGCUGGCUCAGUAACACAAUCGAUUCCUGCAACUGCAGUUGUCACUGAGGCCUCGCCAAUUUCUGUGGCCACCAACAUCACUAUUCCACCGGAAAUUGCUAGCAAAUUGAGUCCGGAACAACAAGACUUAUUAAUCAAAAUAAUGGCCCAAACUAAAUUGAACAUCAAUUAUGCCGGAAUGUUGGCCGAACAAAGUGCUUGGGAUUUGAACCAAGCGGUGCAAAACUUCAAUGUUAGUAAGGCAAACAUUCCUCCAAAUGCCUAUAUGUGA